AUGAAAUGUAUAUGUUUACAGAAAUACAACAAAGAAGAAUCAAUGAAGAUAUUUUAUAGAUUUGGAAUUGUUGUUUCCACAGCAAUGGUUAGUAUUUCUUGUCUGAGUUUCUAUUUAUAUCUUUUUUUUAAAAAAAAAACAUCCAUAUCCACAAUAACCACAACCAUGGUUAAAACAAUCAACGUAAUUAUCUGUUCUCCCCCCCCCCCAAAUAAACAACUCUUUUAUAUCCUUGCCAGUUCUUUGCAAUAUACUGUCAAGUAUUUGUCGGUUGAUUUUAUAAAAGACCCAUUCAAUCAACUCAUCGAUCAUUCAAGAGCAAAAAUACAAAAAAAACCAACAUCAUCAUUAAUUGAGGCAUUUUAUGUCGUCACACUACUUGAUGUUUGUACCUCAUUAAUUGUGGAAAAACAAUACCAACAAAUAUUUCCACCACUAACAAUGAAAAUGAUGUAUUCAAUAUAUGCUGACUAUUGUCACUUCAUUUGUUGCCAUCGUCAUCAUCGUCGUAUUAGCACAAACAAUAGACUUUGUUGA